UGACCUUUUCCAUUUGAUUUGUUUUUGGUUUGCACUGCACGGUUUUAACCCUGAGGGUGCUGUUCACCUGUCUGGGGUGUUUAGUACUAGAUAGUCUAAUAUUUGGUUUUCUUAGUAUGUGAAUGCAUGAAUAUUCAGAUCGUGUUAACGUAUAACUAUAACAUUGUAACAGAAAUUGGUAUAGUAGAUCUAUAAAUUCUCAAUUUUCUGUAGGAUUUAUGUGUCCGUUUUCUGUGAUUACUGCAAACAACGCAGGAAUGUUGCUGACUAGGACUGACAGCGGAUAUGGAUGCUGGAAAAUGCCUUGAUGUUUCCUGCUCAUUUCGUAUAUUUUAUCUCUCACUUCGCACUCCACCGCUUCUAAAAAGAAAAAAAAAAUCAAAUCGUAGAGUGUUGUGUGCGCCAGGUGUUCAGGAUUUGUUUUUAAAUAGCGAGACAUUUAAAAUGCGGUUGCUUUGCCCCGGCGUCUCAGGUUUGUAAUUAUGCGGGGAUGCAAUAAGAUGAUGGGUUCAUUUUUGCAGUUACAACACUUUUGUUUUAACCCAGAGCCUAUGAUCUGGGAGGCUCCAGUAAGCGUCUGUGUGGAUGAUCAUAAUCGCUAACCACACGAAGGUUAAAUGUUUGCUCCGAGUGUGAUCUGGGUACACGUGUGUCUAAUGAACUUUGAUCCCUGUUUAUACCUUACCUGCGCAUUUCCACUCCGUGUUGACAAGGCCUACUGCAGAACAGCCCCUAGGGUGAAUACUGACAAGCACUCAGACGGGACACCGGGAGUCUCUGGGCUUGUCAACAGAUCGGCUCGCCGGCGUCUCUGCAGCUGCCGCCGCGCUGGAGGUGCGUGGCGCUCCGCGGAGGACUGGGCUCAGAUAGCGAGCUCCCGGCGGAUGUGAGGCAGCAGCGGGGGUAGUAGAGAAGCCGUACUCAUCCCCCCCGUGUGAUGAAUCCCUUCUGGAGCAUGUCUGCAAGUACUGGACGCAAGAGGGCCGAGGGCGAGGAGAAGAGUGGUGCGGUAGAGCAGAGAGUCAGCCCCACGCGAGCCCCCUACGGGAAGAAGCAGCUGCCCUCCAUUCCGAAAAACGCCGUGCCCAUCACCAAGCCCGUCUCGCCCGCUGCGUCCUCGCAGGCCUCCAAUGGCACGCACGCUUCUUAUGGGCCCUUCUAUUUGGAGUACUCCCUGCUUGCAGAGUUCACUCUGGUGAUAAAGCAGAAACUCCCUGGGAUAUAUGUGCAGCCAUCCUACAGAUCAGCAUUGAUGUGGUUUGGAGUUAUUUUCAUAAGGCAUGGCCUGUACCAGGACGGAGUUUUCAAAUUCACGGUGUAUAUCCCAGACAACUACCCCGAUGGCGAUUGUCCUAGGGUGGUCUUCGAUAUUCCAGUCUUUAAUCCUUUAGUGGAUCCUGUCUCAGGGGAGCUGGACGUGAAGAGAGCUUUCACAAAGUGGAGGCGGAACCACAAUCACAUCUGGCAGGUGCUGAUGUACGCACGCACGGUCUUCUACAAGAUCCAGACCCUGGAGCCGCUCAACCCAGAAGCUGCAGUCCUGUACGAGAAAGAUAUUCAGCUCUUUAAAAGCAAAGUGGUGGAAAGUGUGAAAUUAUGCAACAGUCAUCUUUUCGACCAGCCGAAAAUAGACGACCCGUUUGCAAUAAGCUUCUCCCCAUGGAACCCCUCUGUGCACGAAGAGGUGCGAGGGAGGAUGUUCAUGCACAAAAGACGGCCUGAGGAUCACCACAAGGGGCUGCAGGUGUCGGGCCUCUCCUGGGUGAAGCCAGGAUCCACACAGCCCUUCAGCAAAGACGACAACACACUAUAGACAUGAGCCCGCGCCUCUGCCUCUUCACCACCAGGGGGCGGAGUGAUCGGGAGGCAUGCAGGCUUGCAUUUUGCUGUAUGAGAUUAGUGUAAAUAGUGUCACAGUCUGAUGUGGAUUUUUUUUUUAAUGUAACAUGCAUACUUCACUUUAAACAGCACUUGGCUGGAUUUAUUGAGGACAACUGUGUACAGCUUUGUAAAACAUUUAUAAUUUGUCCUUUAUUUUUUUUUUUAGGUUUUGAUCAAAGUUAGUUUUGAUUUUAAAUUGAGGAUUUAUUCAAGUUCUAUAGCAGAACAAAUGGACAGGUACAUCAUCUGUGAAUGCAAACAUUUGUUGUGCCCAUGAUUGUGAUCAUUAUGAGUUAUAAUUAUGAGUUGAAUUAUGAAAAACAGCAUUAACGGUUUUUGGUUUUUAAGGAUGUGCUGUAAGUUUUGGUUUUCCAAAUUCAGCCAUACUGUGUAUUUCAUGUCUUAAAUAGUUUUAAUAUAUAUUUGCAGAGGAAAGUAAAUACUAUUUUAAUUCAAAUACUGUAUUGACAUUUAAGUAAUCAUCUACCAUAAAUUAGUGGUGGCAGUUUAUGGGUUAUUCCUCGUAUCUUUUGAAGUUUCUGGUGUGUAAAUAUGCUAGUGGACUUUGUACAUAACUUGUUUACUGUCUGUCCAUCUGAGGGGUAUAGUUUUGCUGAAACUCAUGUUUUCAGUCCACUUUAUUUAUAGAUGGCUGGAGGUUUUCAGAAACAGGCAUUGGUCUGACCUAAUUAGGGAGUUUUGCAGCUUGCAUCACAUUUGUUUUAAAUCGGUAAAGGCACUUGAUUGAUCAACUCUUGGUUAAUUUUUUUUAAAUUAAAUACUUCAAACCAUUGUCCACAGUUGAUGCUGUGCUGUAUAGAUAAUAUUGUUUUUAGAACGUUUCCUUUGAAUGACAAUAAAAGCAGUUGAGUGAA